UUUUCUUGGGUGUCCUUUUGUAUUGUACUUACACACACAAGAUAACAGGAUAAAUAUUUUGCACUUUAAACCUAUACAUUCAAUACUCACUAGCUCGAAUAAUUUGGAUUCGCACGGCAUAAAACUUAUAAAAAGAAAAAAUAUUUCCUGCUGAUUUCUUCAUUCUCAGGAUUACGACAUGAGACAUCUAAUUAAGAGUGCUGAAGUCUCGUACCCCACCUUAUCUCUUGAUGGUUGGUUGCAUAUAUUAGCUAUUGUGGAACUAUUUUAAAGAAGAUGAUCUUUUUUCCCCACCACAUCUCAUAAUUGGUUUCUUCAAAAAAUAUUGAGCAGAAAUAAAAGGACUCCUGUUUCACCAAUAUUUGGGAUUUGCAUGCUGUACUUUUUCUGCAAGUGAAACAAGUAAUUCUUAUUUUAUGGUGGGAUCUAGUUUGCAAUAAAGUAAAUUACCUCAAAGUCAGAUUAUCCCACUAUCCAAAAUUGACGGAAAAAAGUAGAAAAAUCAACAACUGCUACUGUAAAUUGUGGAGGGCCUGAAUGACUAACAUUCUUGAGAAUAUUAACUUAACAUCCUCGUUUACAAAACAGUGACAAUAUUGGGAGUGUCAGAGACUGAUAAUUCAAGGUUCAUAUUAGGAAAAAGAAAAAAAAUGGUUCUAUAGUCAAAGUAAAAUUAGCACUUUCAUGUACCCAUCGAACCGCUGCGCUUUAGGAAGUUGCUUAGGGAUCGAUUUCACUAAGCGUAAAGUUAACUCAUUGAUUUUUUUCUUCUCUUGGGAAUUUGGGCAUCCGAUUUUAAUUUUGACAUUUUAGAAAUUUCAUAAAGGAAAUGUUACAAAUCAAUAAUUUCCCGUGUUAAUUGAAGCAUAAUUAAAGAAAAAUUCUUUUGACUUUCCAAAUAGUGAUACAACAAGAGAUACCCAUUGUUGGAGGAGUAGUAAAGACUCCCAUUUUUGGAUGCUUCUAAUUCCUAUAAUUUUUUAUGCUACCAUUGACAUACCAAAGUACACAAAUGUCGAGAAACCAGCUCAAUAAACUACUACAUGGUUUUAAAAAUCAAAUUUGGAACUUCUUUUAUAGCUUCUAUCUCUCAGCAUUUUGUUUGUUCCUUCUGAAUACUUAUUAUUAUUCUAGAGCUUUGACAUCCCAGGUAAUGGUUUCUUUUUAACGUUCAUUUCCCUGUCUUUUAGCUCUUGGAACCAUCUUUUGACUAUGCAAAAUUUGUGUCUUCUUGAGGUUGAUGUCAAUGGACAAGAAAUAUUCUUGGUGGACAAGACCAUUCUUGAAUCUUUCUCGGGGAGAUUAAGAAAAUUAUUCAGUAAGUUGACAGGGAAAACAAGAAGGCUGAAAUUACUUCUCGACAAAUUCCCAGGAGGUGCUGAGUGUUUUGAACUCAUUGUUAAGUUUUGCUAUAAUGGAGGUAGGAUAAAGAUGACUCCUUUUAACAUGUUUCAACUACAUUGUGCUGCCAAUUACCUUGAAAUGAAUCAAGAAGUGCAGGGGAAACCAAAUUUGGUCGAGCAAACGAUUUCUUUUUUCCGAAAGAUUCAUUACAUGACAUGGUCUGAGCUGAUUAUUGGCUUGGAAAAUUGCCAAGAAUUGCUCUUUUUCUUGUCAUCUUCGUCUUUACUUCAAGAGUUCUUGGAUUGUGUGGUAGGAAGACUAGAAUUUCAUUACAUUUCUAGCCCAUGUCCAUCUUCUACCGACAAUUCGUCCAUGCAGUUUUCAGGGGACAUUAGUUUAGAAAGCAGGGGAAUUUGCACUUCUCAAGCAACCUGGUGGUUUGCAGAUCUUGGUUUCUUGAACCUUAAUAUGUUCAAGAAGAUUAUAGACACAAUGGUUUCGAAGAAAUUGGAUCAUUCUGUGAUUUCUUCAUUCCUAUUUUACUACAAAAGAAUGAAAUGUCCAAAUGCUUCAUCAGCUCAGAAAUGCAGAAUCAUUGAGACAGUAAUCAAAUGCCUUUGCCCUCUUGUAAGCAGCUUUAUAUCUAUCAGGGGUCUAUUUGACAUUCUUCAGGCAUCUUUUAACUUGAAAAUGAGCAAAUGUUCAAUAGGGAAAUUAGAAAAUUUAAUUGGCUCUCAGCUAGAUAGAGCUAAAUUGGAUGAUUUGCUUAUUCCUUCACCAGCUGGUGAAAAAAUUGCUUACAAUGUCAAUCUCAUUCUGAGGCUGUUGGACAUAUUCCUCUCCAAUAGUCGCGGAAAAUUAUUAAUGUAUCAACUGAAGAAAGUUGCAGAGUUGAUUGAUCUCUAUAUCAUGGAAGUGGCCCCUGAUCCUUCUCUUAAACCUUCCAAGUUUUUGGCAUUGGCCAUGACUAUGCCAGAUAUUGCAAGAGAAUCAUAUGACACCAUUUAUAUUGCCAUGGAUAUAUACCUCAAGGUACAUUAUCGUCUAUCCGAAGAAGAAAAGAUAAAGAUCUGUUCUGUUCUGAGAUAUGACGAGCUAACCGAAAAAAUUCUGAAGGACUUAGCUCAAAAUGAAAGCUUUCCAGCUUGUGCAUUAGUCACAGCACAAGUCACUCUGCAGAAUAAGCUCAGAUAUUCAGUCCCAAGGAAUUCAAUUUUUUCUUAAAUAUUUGGUGAUCAUAUGAAAAAUCAAUGUAGUCUUCGAAUAGCACGUAGUGCAAUGUAUAUAUUCGUCUUUAAAAAGUUAUGUAAUCAGCUAGGAAAAUCAAAAUCUUUCAACUCUUUUACUUUCUUCAGCAAGGUGCUUGUCAUUUUCCUUUUUAUCUUCCAGGUGAAAAGACAAAACAACCAAAGUUUCUUAACUGCUCCUUCCAUCUCAAU